GAUUCAUAAAACUAAAGCAGUUGUGGACGACGACAAAAGUUCUCGUAAAGUUCACCUCUUACAAGUUGAAGGAAUGGGCGGCCUUCCAGUGGUCCUGCUCCUCUGCAGUUUCCACGCGCUCACAGCUGUAGCCCAAACCCAGCAGGAUGAGACUCUUGAGGUACCUGAAGGCGCCUUGCCAGCCAACUGUAGGGAGGAGAUGUAUCCUUGCACCAGGAUGUACUCUGUUCACCGGCCCAUCAAGAGAUGUAUUGGUGGUCUUUGUUUCUACAGCCUUCCUCGUGUCUAUGUGAUCAACAAGGAGAUCUGUAUGAGGACAGUGUGCCAGCAGGAUGAGUAUCUGAAAGCUGAACUGUGCAGAGAGUUGUCCGGGUGGCCCAGGCGUGUUGAGAGGUCAUCUAAUAGGAAACGCUGUCUCAAUCGCCGUAGCAACCCCAAAACCUGGGAAAACAAGCCCUGAUGGGCCUAGGAUGGCGAUGUGACCACCGGUGAAGAUGGAGCCCCUUAGAGCCGUCGUCAUAAAAACAGCCCAUACCACCGUAAAGCCGCCGCUCAGCACCUGGGGGUCUCUUUCACACAAACACACAAGUGUGUUCUGAGUCAUAUCUAUGUUAAUGUAUUAGUCUUUUGUGUGUUCUCCUUAUGUGUGUUGUUGGACACAAAUCAUGUCUUCCAUGGUUUACGACCCAUUUAAGGUACCGUAGUAAUGGGCCUAUAGCAGCACUGAGUCAUUUUAUUGUAUAAAGAAAGAGCCACUUUGUUGUGGAUUGUAAGACACGCAUUGAAUGCAGUAGUAUGUGCACUAUUGUAUCUAAAUCUAUAAAUAUCUAUCUGUCUA